UUAUCGACCAGUUGCAGUUUGGCUUCAGCUUAAGACUCCCAUCCUUUCCCUAUCCCCUCACAGUCUGGAAGCCUCCAUCCUCCAGCCACCAACUUCUUCCUCCCUGGACUGCACUAGGCACCCAAAUUGUUCACACAAUGCCUGAACCGUAAAGAAAAUCCAAGAUCUCAGCCUCACGCAAACUCCUUCUGAAGAGUUUGAUGCUGGCUAAGGCCAAAGAACAGUGGGAACAAGAGCAAGUGGACAAACAAGGAGAGAAGGAGAGAUAUUUGUCAGAGAGGGUUGCACCUCUUCGGACCAGUGGACUUUCCUUAAGCCAACUUCAGGACCUGUGCAGGGAGCUACAUGAGAAAAUAGAUGUUGUGGAUGAGGAACGCUAUGACAUUGAAGCAAAAUGUAACCAUAACAUGCGGGAGAUUAAAGACCUAAAAUUGAAAGUACUUGAUCUUCGGGGAAAAUUCAAACGGCCUCCACUGCGGCGUGUCCGGGUUUCUGCUGAUGCCAUGCUGAGGGCUCUGCUUGGGUCUAAACACAAAGUUUCCAUGGACUUGAGAGCCAAUCUCAAAUCUGUCAAGAAGGAGGACACUGAAAAGGAGCGUCCUGUUGAAGUGGGCGACUGGCGUAAGAAUGUGGAGGCCAUGUCAGGAAUGGAGGGCAGAAAGAAGAUGUUUGAUGCUGCCAAGUCUCCAACAGGACAGUGAGCGGUCCAUUACAGAAGGAUGAAGAUUCUUUCCCACAGUGCCUGCAUCUCUUUGCCCUUCUUUUGCCUGUAUCUUGUCUCAUCUUCUUGCAUUAACUUUAGAGUCACAACAGUUCUGGAUGUUAUUGAAAGAUUGCCAUGA